AUGAAUAUCAUUAAAAAAGUAUCACAAUUUCGUAUAGGCACACUUAAUGUUCAUUUCUUUACUGACUCACAAAAACAAUCUAAUGUUCAUCGUCUUGCUCAAAUCCUAAAACCAAUGUCAUUCGAUCUACUUGGUCUUCAAGAAGUUCUCCAUACUGAUGAACCAUCAAAUACUGUCUCUGAAAAGUAUUAUAAAUUUCAACUACUCUCCAAUUUACUUCAAUUACCGCACAUUGCAUUUUGUAAUACUUCAUAUAAAUUUGGUAAUGCUAUUCUUUCAAGAUAUCCAUUAAAGAAUAAUGUCAAUUAUUAUACAGAACCAAUUGAAAAUCAUAAUUUACGUGGAAUGUUGGCAGUACAAGUUAAUCAUGAGUUCUUCAAUGAUAAUGAUGCUACAUUUUAUGUUACUCAUUUAGAUCAACUUAGUGAACAAGUACGUUUAGUACAGAUGGAACAAUUUGAAAAAUAUAUACAAAAUGCAGGUCUUCAAUUGAUUGUAGGUGAUUUUAAUUCAUUGACAUUUGACGAUUAUUCCAAUGAUUAUUUUAAUACUAACAUUCAUGAUGUACGUCAAAAAAAUACAUGGGAACGUCCAUUUAAUUUAGUAACAAACAAAAUGAAAACAAAUGGAUAUCAUGACUGUUGGCGAGAAAUGAAUAAAGAAGCUAUAAAUGAUCAAGCUGGUACGUGUAUAUACAAGACACGAAUUGAUUAUAUUUGGAGACGAGGAGAACUGAAGAAUGGAUGGGAAAUGAAUGAAUGUAGAAUUUUUUCAAGUGAAGAUGCAACUGAUCACAAUGGUGUUUUAGUUACUUUUUUCAAAAACUAG